AUGAAACGAAUUAAUGAAAACGAAUUUAAACAACUUUGCCGUUUAUUACAAAUACAAACAGAUGUAACAAUAAAAGAUUUAAGAAAAGCAUAUUAUCAAUUAGCUAAAAAUUAUCAUCCAGAUAAAAAUCCUGGCGAUGAAUUAGCUACAACACAUUUUAUUCUUGUCAGUCGAGCAUAUCAAACUUUAUGCACUGAAUUACAUCAUAGAAAUGCAAAACGUUCAAUGGAAAGUUGUACCAACACACUUUCAUUUCUUCUUCCAAUUUCUUUAUCUUUAUCGAUUUUGACAUUAAAACUUUUAAGUUCAAAUCAGAAAGAGAGAAAAUCCAGUAUUGUAGAACAAUUUUUAUCAGAUUUGAAACGACAGGAUGUUGACUGGCCAAAAUCAAAUAGUUUGUACAAUGAAAAAGACAAUUGUAACUCACCAAUAGAAAAACUAUUAAACCAUUUAUUAGAAGCAACCUUGGUAAAUGAAACUAACUUAAAAAGAGAACAAACAUCAGCAAAAAAAUAUCGAUUUAAUUUUAAUAAAGUCAAUGUUCAACAAACCAGUCAACCUACGGCCAAAUAUUUUUGUGAACAAAACCAACAACAAGAAUGUGGAAUGCCUAUUCCUGCAACAAAUGAAAAAUCAAUAGUACCAUAUUGCAACGAUGAAAACAAUUUGACUUCCCAAAUUCAAUCGAAUUCACAGCACAGUAAAUAUAGUGGAGACUGUUUUAUUCAAAGGCGAAAUACUGAUUUAAGUAGGUAG